UUGGAUAGAGAUUGUCAAUAACUUGAAAAUAAAAAAUAUUGGGUUAUUUAUUUAUUUCCCGUGUGUGUAUUAUAUUAAGUCGAGAAAAUGGAUUUGAAUAGACUUCCCAAUGAUAAGAAACUGCAGUUAUGUAGAUGGUAUUUUAAAGUUGGCUGCAUCUUUCUACCAUUCGCGUGGGCUGUAAAUGCUGUAUGGUUCUUCAAAGAAGCUUUCGUAAGGCCACCAUUUGAAGAGCAGAAACAGAUAAAAAAAUAUGUGCUGAUGAGUGCAGUGGGGGCAGCAGUGUGGGCUUGUGCCCUUAUCACAUGGGUCACGGUGUUCCAGUUAAAUAGAGUGUCAUGGGGAGCUACUGGAGAUAUGCUCUCAUUUAUUGUGCCUCUCGGACGAGCUUAGCAUAAUAAAUAGACAACCUAUUUACUUUAGUAUCUAACUUAAUAAGCAAAAUAAUUGUAGUGACCAGCCGAGUUUGGAAAUAAAAGAUACACUAACACUUUCAAUGCUAAUACCAUUUUUUCUUGGAAACUGCCUUUGCUUAUAAGUUCAUAGUAUUGAAUGUGUUAAAUAAAGAACCCUAUCUAUAUAUAUAAAUAAAAUUGUAGUAUCUGUAUGUUAUAAUGAAAAAUGUUAUUUCAUAUACAUGGUGUAUUUUUGUUGAUACUGAGAAAGCAAAUUUU